GUUGUGCUGUCGACCUACAUGUAGCUGUUGUACAGAGAGUCCUUGAAAAGCAACAUUUCCAGCCAAGACGAACCACAUCCGAAAGGCUAAAGGAAGUGUGAUUCAUAAAACCACCAAGAAGAGGCCCGGAGGAGGUUGUAAAAGCAGAAGUGGAGCAUCCAGACAUGCCCAGAGGUCUCAGCUGCUUGGCGAGCCCUGAGGGGGCAAACAGCAGGUAUGAGACCCCCCCGGCUUCAGAGCUCCAGAGGCUGAUGUGGAUAAAAAAAGGGACCAGCAGCCAUCUGGAUGAGGUUCAGCCCAGGAUCUAUAUUGGAGACAUGUAUGCAGCCAAAGACAAGAGGACACUCCAGGCUCACCACAUCACCCAUGUACUUAACGCUGCUGAUGGGAAGUUCAAUGUGAACACGGGCCCCAGCUUCUACCGAGACACCAAAAUCACUUAUCAUGGAGUGGAAGCUUUUGACAUGCCGUCCUUUAACUUGAGUCCCUUCUUUUACCCAGCGGCCAAUUUUAUCAAAAACGCUUUGAGCUCGCCCACAGGUAAAGUGUUUGUCCACUGUGCGAUGGGUCUCAGCCGCUCAUCCACCUUGGUUCUGGCCUACCUGAUGAUCCACGAGAACAUGACGCUGGUGGACGCGAUCAAAGCUGUCAGUGCCAACAGGAACAUCUCCCCUAACUCUGGUUUCCUGGAGCAGCUCCGAGAGCUGGACAAGAAGCUGCACUGCCAGGCAUCAUCGAGGAGCUGGAGUGUCAAUGGGCGGACUUGAGAAAAAUCCAUCAGUCCAUAUUUUUGAAUUAUAUUGCUGCCUCCUGUCAGUAUCUGAGUUUGAAGUAGAUAUUACAACAAAGAUAUGAAUGUAAAAAAGUUCUAAUUGUCUUUUCUUUGUAAGAUAAAUUCCAUUUUUUUGUGAAGAAAUUACAGUGACUUAUAUUACAUUAAAGGCUUUUUUUAUUGUAACAAACAAAUAUUAUUUAAAGAUCAAAACCAACAAUGACUUUAUCCUAAAAAAGAGUAUUGUCUGUGUAGACCAAAAACUAUUAGCAACAAAUAAAAGAGCCAUUAAGUUGCACUGGGUGAUAUAUUACUUCUUUACAAUAAACACAACAGGUAUAAAGAGAGAACAACUACUAAAUGGACUUUACAGUGAGUUUUGUCAAAGAAUUAACUUUGAACAUUUUCUUUCAAGUCUUUUUGCACGAGAAGUCCUUAAAGGAAUAGUUCAACGUGUUGGGAAAUAUGCUGGCACCUUAAAACAGCUCACUAAUGAACAUGUUAUCUCAUUUGUUUAAUCUGUACACAGACAGAAAAGUAAAAACGGCGUUUGUGGUUUUACGGGGAGUUACGUGCUGUAACUAGAUCUUGGCUGGCCAGUGACUUCCUGAAGUCUCCACUGGUUGCUUGGCAACCUCGCAGUCAUGACAAAACUCCAGGGCCGUGUCUGAAAUCACUCCCUAUUUACUAUGUAGUGCACUAUAUUUAUUCAUCACCAUUUUAUUUGAGUGUCUGAGUGUGUAAUUCAUGCACUAUGAAGUGCCCUCACAAAUUUGAAUGAAAAAAAGUGUCGAUGUUUAUAGAUGUGAAACUUACAGUAGUGACACUACACUUGUUAGUGUUGACGCAAAAUGAUGGUAUAAUAAAUUUCUAUUUACUGCUCACUAUAGAGUAAACUAUAGAGUGUCUAUUAGAUAGGGAGUACAGAGUGAAUGAACAAGGAGUGAUUUCUGACACAGGAAGUCACUGCGCCCGGCCAAGAAAUAGUUCUAGCAUGUAACUCCCUGAAAAACCACAACUUAUUACAUUUCUAUUUGUGUAAUUAAACAAACAUUGUGUUAGUUAAGAACAUUUAGAGGUACUGGUAGGGGAAUUUUUUUAAAUGUUGGACAGAGCCAGGCUAGCUGUUUCCCCCUGCUUCCAGUCUUUAUGCUAAGCUAAUUGCCCACCGGCUCUAGCUCCAUAGUUAUUACGCAAACAUGUGAGUGGUGUUGUUCUUCUCAUUAACUCUCAGAAAGAAAGCAACUAAAAACCAGCCCUUAAAAGUGCGCAGAAUAAAAUGGAAAUUUGAACAUCUAUAAUUGUCAUGGUUUUGGGUUUGUGUUCAGCUAUUUCCUGUUUUAUUUUGUAAUGUGUACAGCCUCAUGUGUCUUGUGUAGUUUU